AUGAAGCCGUUUUUGGAAGUACCUAUUUUUCUUCCCAGACUGCAUGAGGAGAUCAAGAAACCAGCAGGAUGUCAACACCCUUCCCACCACAACAAUAUCUUAAGUAAAGCAAUUGCACAGUGUUGUUCCAAGGAAACACAGCUUAGCUCACCUGGGUUGAAUUCAGUCAGGAUCAGUGCGACGGCCGGGUCCGAGCCGUGGCUGGUGGCGCUGGGCGCUUUCCACGUCCUCUGCUUCGUGCUGACCUGCGCCUCCGCGCAGCACUACCGCGUGCAGAUCGGGCACUUCCUCGGCAUGGUGGGUUUGGUGUACUGCGCUGAAUAUAUAAAUGAAUUAGCAGCCAUGAAUUGGAGACUAUUUUCCAAAUAUCAAUACUUCGAUUCAGGAGGAAUGUUUAUUUCACUGGUCUUUUCAGCACCACUGCUGGUGAAUACUAUCAUAAUUGUGGUCACCUGGAUUUACAAAACUUUGAAUGUAAUGACUGAACUGAAGACACUACAGCAGAGAAUUAAAGCCAAGAAAGAGAAGAAGAAGUGAAAGGGUUGAUAUUUUUUAUU